UUAAUGUAAGCGGAAGUUAACUCAACAAGUGAAAAAAUAUUUUCAAAUCAAGGAUCGUCUUUUACUAUUUCGACCUUCUGUGCUAUAAUACCAACAUUUUUUGUAUCUGUGAAAAUUCUCCGCUUGUAAUACUUUAUUGAAAAAUUAGUCAGGAUGUCUUACGGACGAGUGACGAAUGACAAGCAACCGUUUAAGGACGACGACGACCAUGACAGCGACUACAGAGACGACCCCAACGGGAACCAACGUGGAAAUGGAGUCUAUAACCACACGGUGAAACCCAGCGUUCCUCAAAACAGAUUGCAAUUCCUGUGCUUUUCUUGCAAGAACACCAAACUCGUGAAAUUUGUCAUGCUUGGAUCGGCAAUCGUGGUCCUCCUGGCACUUAUUUUGGUCAUUGUUUCGGCAGUCGGGCAUAAAGAGAAUAAUGCAAAGAGUAAUGGUACUGUGCCCAUAAUAAGGCACUUUGGUUUGUUUGCAGUCGGACCAGAUGACUCGGGCAAUUUGGAAAUUGGACUUUCUCAUGUGGACACGUACAUGAAUUUUGUAAAAAGAAUGGAGAACAACAUUAACGUCUACAGCACCAUUCGUCAGGAGAGCAACCCAGACAUUUUCAAACAGUGUAAGAACCCUGAGACGUUCAUCCAGCCUCCUGAGGAGAACCAGGCUUGCAUGCAGACCUUGUUUAGUUUCGGUGACAAGUGUACCAACUUCAACCUGUACGGCAUGUUGGAGGGACAGCCAUGUGUACUUCUCAUCUUAAGGCUGGAUACCGAUAUUAACCCAGAGCCAUUCAACCUGAGUCUGCCAGAGAAUGUUGAGAUCUUGAAACGUCUGAGCAGUCGUCAUGACCCCUCAAAUGUAGGGGUCAGUUGUGAGGGCAAGACAAAAGCAGACCAAGAUUUGAUGGUGAUGAGAACAGUGGAAAACAACCAAACUGUGGAAAAGAUGCCAGAGGGUGGACAAAUCAGCUACAACCCAGCAAAUGGUUUCCCCACCUACUUCUUUGCACAGAAAAAAAGGGGAGAGAACUAUGUCUCGCCUGCAGUGAUGGUGAAAUUCAACAGCAUUCCAGCCAACCACAGGGUCACUGUGAGGUGUACCGCGUGGGCCAAGAAUUUCAAUGAUGGACAUCCCGAAAACAGCACCAUGUACACGACUGAAUUUAGUAUUCUCAUCAAGCUGUAAGGUGUUAGGUAUGGCGGGGUAGACUGGUUUGUUUAAAAUACUUGAAUUGAAAACAGUUUGUAAGCAAUUUAAGGUUGCAAUUCUACUCUUUUCAAACUUGUAUUAGAACUGUUAAAAAUAAUCUUGCAAAUACAUCAUCAAUGAUAUGUCAUGCUCUACAAAAUUUUUUUUUUACUGUGCCUUGUAACGAAAGCUAAUAGACCUUUUGAGGCUUUUGGUGGAAUGUACAAUUUUGUACAUGCAAGUUUAUGAAGGUUUAUUUACAUAUCAGUAUAUUUCUGCCAGUCAAUGUAAAACAGGAACCAUUUGGCGUAAUUACAAAAAUUACAUGAUGAUGUUUAAUACCCAGCAAUCUAGUGUCCUGCAGUGCCAUGUAUGUGAGGUCAAAUGGAAAGAAUCAAAUUUAUUACUUAAAAAUGCAUAUUCUUCAAAUUUGUACAACAUGUACUUUUUCAAAUAUCUAUGAAACGUAGGACAAGUUUAUCAGCGCCAAGUUGUAUUAGUAGGAAGUACUUAGCAGUAAAGAGAAUGUUAAUUUGAGCCACGUUCUGGGAAAACUGGGCUUAUUGCGUGUAAAGAAUUGUCCCAGAUAAGCCUGUGUAGUCUGCACAGGCUAAUAGACGGACAUUUUCCAAAUAGUCUGGAUGGUCAUUAAGAAGAUACUUCCUUUGAAAGUGUCGUCCCUGGUUAGCCUGUGUCGACUGCAUAGGCUUAUAUUGGAACACGACACACAUGCAUUAAGCCACAUUUUCACAGAGAGCGGCUGAAAUGUAAAUUUGAAAAUAAUUCCUUGUUUAUUUAUCAGUCAUUUACCCGAACAAAUGAUCAGAAUCUCAGUAUUGCAAUCUUAUUGGACAUACAAUAACAUUUC